CGCAUGUGCAACAGCUACCUGUCUACGAAGCACCAAGUCCGAAGAGAUAAAAACCUCGGGGCUACUUAGAGCUACCGAUGGAUCUUUCUCCGUGUUUGUACCUGUUUCUUAUUUUUAUUUCACCAGUCGAGUUGGCCUAAAUCUUCGAUCGAAAAGUUCAUUUUAUCGCACUAGAAUCUGGCGAAAUUUUGAUAAAUACAAAAAAAUGCAUGCCGCAACCAUAUGAUAGAAAUAUUAGUCGAAACUAAGAAACUUGGAUUACCGUCGUACAAUAGUUUUACAAUAAGGGUGCCACCGAAGAGAAACAUUUAACCUAAGCUAUGUUCCAAGUCCAAUUUAGUUCUAAGAUUCGUCUAAGGUUAGGAUUCGUAUGCAGUUGAAAGGAUUAUUUUUCAUUCUUUGGAUGUAGUUAAUGUCAACAUGUUUUUAGUAAUAUCUUCAAUUUUAAGUCCAAACAGAUCCAUAUUCUAGAGCGUUACGUAAUAUAAUAUAUCAGACAUAAGCCAGUAAUGUCUGUCCCUUCUUCGUCGUCUAAUAAAAUAACUGACAGUAAAUCAGGUGGUAUUAGUCCAAGUCCUGCAGAGGGUACCGAAGGUGUGCCAGGGCCUAGUUCCUUAAAACCUAUGCAUUCUGUUUUACUACAAGAUGGAGAGUCUGAAGAUUACGGUGAAGACGGCGAGGAGGAAGAAGACGAUACCAGUGAGAAAGAUAGUGAAAUCAGUGACAAUGGGAUAUUCUGUGACACGGAAUGCGAACCUGACAUUGACAGUACUAACUGCUCGUUGUCUGCAUCGCAAACACAGUCUCUUGCACAAAGGGUACAGAGUCCUAUUUUACAUACCUGUGUACCACUGGAUGUUGUUCAACCUCAAAGAAAACGUAGAAGCGAAACAGAAUCAAGUUUACCUUGUAAAAAACUUAGUCCAGAAGAUAAAUCACAUUCGAUGAUCAUUAAAAAAUUAGACGACAAGAGUAAACAUAUGAGGUGUGUUAUUCCAACAAAAGAUAAUCCACCACCCGAAAUGAGUGACUGGCUUCUUCAAUUCCAGAGGUGGUCAAACGCAGAAAGAAUGUUAGCUAUAGAUGAAUUAAUUGAAAGGUGCGAACCUACGCAAGUGCGGCAUAUGAUGCAAGUGAUAGAACCUCAGUUCCAGAGGGAUUUCAUAUCAUUACUGCCAAAAGAGUUGGCCUUAUCGGUAUUAGCUUUCCUAGAGCCAAGAGAUCUUCUGCGUGCAGCGCAGACGUGUCGUAAUUGGCGAUUUCUUGCUGACGAUAAUUUGUUGUGGAAAGAAAAAUGCAGAGCGGCUGGAAUAGAAAAUCUAAGAGAUUUACCUCCUAUGAAACGAAAGAAUAGUCGAAAUUCUGGUAAUACAUCGUCACCAUGGAAGCAAGCUUAUAUGAGACAGCACAAUAUUAAAAUGAAUUGGAGAACGAAACCAAUUCGUACACCCAAAGUUUUAAAAGGUCACGACGAUCAUGUGAUUACGUGUCUCCAAUUCUCUGGUAAUCGCAUAGUGAGUGGUUCGGAUGACAAUACUCUUAAAGUGUGGUCUGCUGUCACAGGCAAGUGUCUGAGAACAUUAGUAGGUCACACCGGUGGUGUAUGGUCCUCUCAAAUGGCUGGUACUACUGUCAUUAGCGGUAGUACAGAUCGUACAUUAAAAGUAUGGAACGCUGAAACUGGCCAAUGUAUUCAUACUUUAUACGGUCACACGUCUACAGUGAGAUGUAUGCAUUUGCAUGGUAAUAAAGUGGUUAGCGGCAGUAGGGAUGCUACGUUAAGGGUGUGGCAAGUAGAUACCGGUGAAUGUUUACACGUGCUCGUGGGACAUUUGGCAGCUGUUAGAUGUGUGCAAUAUGAUGGAAAGUUGGUAGUCAGCGGAGCUUACGAUUAUGUGGUUAAAGUUUGGAAUCCGGAACGUGAGGAGUGCCUUCAUACUCUACAAGGACAUACUAAUCGUGUUUAUUCCCUCCAAUUUGAUGGUGUACACGUUGUUAGCGGUUCUUUGGAUACAAGCAUAAGAGUAUGGGAAGUUGAAACUGGUGCAUGUAGGCAUACUUUAAUGGGACAUCAAUCGCUCACAUCAGGAAUGGAAUUACGUAAUAAUAUUUUGGUGUCUGGAAAUGCGGAUUCAACAGUGAAAGUUUGGGAUAUUGUUAGUGGCCAUUGUCUUCAAACACUUUCUGGUCCAAACAAACAUCAAUCUGCAGUUACUUGUCUCCAAUUUAACAGUCAUUUUGUGAUUACUUCGUCCGACGAUGGCACGGUCAAAUUAUGGGACGUUAAAACUGGCGAUUUUAUAAGAAAUUUGGUAGCACUGGAAAGCGGUGGAAGUGGUGGUGUUGUGUGGAGAAUACGUGCAAGUGAUACAAAACUGGUGUGUGCAGUGGGUAGCCGUAAUGGCACAGAGGAGACCAAACUUCUUGUACUCGACUUUGAUGUAGAGGUAAAAUAGUGCACUUUUUUGGAGAUGAAACUGCCCUCCUCUAUGACUUCUGUACAUACUCUGAUUAGGUAGCGCAAACAAUCUCUUGUACAAUGAUUCAUGUAUUACGUGGCGUGAUUGUGAUAAGAAUGUAUGUCGAUAACCUGAAGGGAGAUCAGAAAAAGUCAGGCGUGAUCUAUAGUUGCUGUAAAUGAUCUCCGAAGUGGUAGACCGUUCAAACCGAUGGCAUUAAUUAUAUUAAUUAUGGAGUGUAUUAAUCAUGGUGUACAAAUAUGAAAUUUCAAAGACUUAACAAAUUAUGAAGAACGAGGAGCUUAUCAGUGUACUAUUGUAUUAUUGCUGUUAUGAAAUCUAAAGGAAAUCGCUAGUAAUUUAAAUGAAAUCAGCCCACGUUAAACACUACGAUUACAUAACGAUUUGUACGGGCGUUUAGGAAAGUAUUUUUAAACUACAGAAAGAAAGAUUUCUUACCGUAUUUGCCAAGCUUAUAGAUCAAGGAAAUAUUGCUUAAAGAAUCUCAAAUUUUCAAAACGAAAUGGAAGGUUCCAAUGAAAGAUAAAACAAAAAACACAGAAAAAGCAAAAGAUUCGAAUAAAAUUAUGAAUUCGGAUAAACAUAAUAAUAACAGUGAAAUAAAAUGACCAAGUUGGUAGAUAUUUUUCAGUUACAUUGAUUACUGUGAGAAUUAUAUAUGAUUUAUUCGACAAGACAAAUGUCACUUUGAGUAAUUUUUUAAUGAAUCGUGUGCUGCUUUCCAGUCAACCUACAUAUUUUGUCUCACAAACAUCACGUAAUCAGUCUUUAUCGUUCAAAGUGUCCAUAAACAAAAUGCAUCUGAUUUUUUCGAUUUGAAGACUCUUUUUAUGAGAAUCAUUGCGAUUUCUAAUAUUUCAUUUGUAUCAGUGUUAUCUUGCAUUAGAACUUGUAAUAUUUUUUUUUAUUUUAUUCGUUGAUUGAAAUAUCAAACGUAUUACUAGCAACGAAUUUGCGAAAUAAUUUUAUAUAGAGAACAAGAUCCAAUGUUAUUCGACUUUGUAAAAUGUACAAAUUGUACCACGAUCGUUUCUUUAUCAAUCGAUACGUAUCUACAUGUAUCAAAAUUGUAGUGUUUUUCUUAUGGUUAAGUUAUUGUUGAUUGUAAAUAACCAUAUGAAAAUAUUUACAAAUUUUCGAAUACCUUGAAAUUUUAAGUUAUAUUUGCUCGAGAUAUGAUUACUAAUUUUUGUUAUUAUUUGAUAGUAUAAGUAGUUAUCCAAGAAUUAUAAUGAAUAUUGUUUAUUAAUUUUGUAUCUCUAUACAUGUAGAUAUUGUUUCCACGUUAUGUAAAGAUAAUUGAAAGGUUGUAGUACAAUAUGUAGGAGUGUUCUGUUCGUCGCAAAUAUUUUUCAGACAUUCAAUUAUUUUCUGCACAUAAAGCAUUAGAAAUUCAUUUGGCAGUCCAUCGAACAACCAGAAUUAUUCCGUGAUAGUAAUUUAAUUGGAUUAUCAAAGCGUUAAUAUUUAAAUAAAGUAUAUUAAUUUGGACAUUAGCAACGAGUCUGAUUUUUCUAUGGACAAUAAUAAGAAUUGCAGACUUCCUGUGCAAUACACACGAAUAAUUGAGUAAAUUAUAUAAUCGGUUAUACAAGAAUAACAAGUACAAAUACUAAAAUUCUUUGAGGUACCAUAGGACUAUUCAUAAAAUUUUUCAUACAAGAUUUACCAUUAUAGAAGUUGCAUAUAUUUUACAAAAAUGUUAUUUUAUCAACAGAUAAAUAAAUCGAAUGUGCAUGUACUGUCUGUAAUCGAAAAUAUGGUUCGUGUAAAUGCAAUUUUUAUUAUUGAACCUAGGAUAUUCAAAGAAUCGUGUUUUAUUUGUAUAUUGCUCAAUAGUUUAUAUUUGUAAUGAUGUGUUAUCUGUUGUAUCAUUUUUUAUAAGAAAUAGAAAAUGUUGCUGCAUUUUAAA